AGUCGUUAACCUACGCCCCCUUUCACCUCUUAAGAAAUCAAAUUCUUCCUCUCUUUUUAAUCGUAAAGUCUUUCAAAAAUCUGAAAUUCUGCUGAAAUCUUCCCAGUAAAUUCGCUGAAUUUUCUGUUUAGCAAUCGAUUCGCAUCUUCUAUUGAUUGCCGCUGUGUAAAUACGUUGACGCUGGUGCAUGCCCGUGCACCCCAUAAUAGGAGUUGGGAAUUUAAUUCUUUUUGGUGGGAAAAUUAGGGUUUGAUUGUUUUAGUCGACAAGGGUGGAAAUUGAGAUGUUGGAGGCGAACGCUGAGGAGGGAUCAUCGGGGAUUGUGGAUGUGAUGUUUAGCGCGGACGAUGAAAGCGACGAUGUUUACAUCGAUUUUGAUUCUUUCUGGGAACUCAUGGGCGCGCCCGCUUCGCCUUCGCAGGGUAAUAUAUUGGAAGACCUAUCUUUUAUUGAUGUCCCACAAGGAGUUCAGAAUUCAAACGAUAUAUUUUUGUCAAAAGCUGAGAUACCAGGAUCUAGUGUACUAUCACCCUCACACAACUCUGAAGCCUCAGAUUCUAGGACUGGAAGUUCAGAUGGCAUCUCAGGAUCUGCAGGAGCUUCUUCUGCUAUUGUGGGUGCUGGAAUGCGAGAACCUUCUCUGCAGUUCAGUAAAGCUGAGAGCUGCUCUAUAACUGCCACUGACGGAAUAUCGGUCCAAGAAAAUGGCCGUUCUGAUAGUUUUAUAGUUGGUUGUCCCCGGACGCCAUCAUCAUGCAACCAAAAUGAUGGUGGCAGACCUCCAUCUGGGACGUCCAAUUCUUGUGACCCAUUGGGUUCGUAUGGCACCCACCAUGUUACUCAUGAUGGAGAGUCUUAUGCUGAUAUUCACAUGAACCAUGAUAAGGAUCUGAUUGGAUACUCUGGGCUAGAUUUUCACUAUGAAAACAGGGAGGAUGUCUCAGCUAUUGAUGGAGAUAGGAUUUCUCUGGAACUUUCCCAUACGGAGUCCAGUUCUUGUGAAAUUAAUACAGUCGACAUUCCAGAUUUUACUCCUGAAAAUGGUGGCAUGCACCUUUUCGGCUCAGAUGGUCAAUCCUAUGAUUCUCGUAGUUCUGGAUUUCAAUCCUUAGCUUGUGAUGGAGGUAGGAUGGUCAAUGCUAAGGAUGAAGGAGAAAAUUUUAGCGAUGUCUCCAUAAAUGCAAUACCAUACAUGUAUGUGGCUGCUUCUCAGUUUGGGGACCGUACAGCUGAAUGUGGGAGUAGUAGAAGUGUUUCCUUAAUUGGCCAAGUUGGAUUUAGCUAUUCCAGAGAUAUGAAUGCAUUGCAGGCAGAGACAAAAGAUCUUUCUCCUGAUUCUUUGUCAUGCAUCUUUAGCCAGACAGGAGGUGAUACCACCAAUGAAAUUGUUUCUAGAGCAUCUGAAGUUGUUGACAUGGCCUGUAGGAAAUAUCAUGGGGAUUUGAGUAAGCAGCCCGCUGUAAAAAGUAUACAAUGGUCUCCAUCUGGUUCCUUCUCUUCGGUUUCAUGUGAGAACUAUAUUUCAUGCAGAGAGGAUGAAGGCGAGGACAUGCUUUUGGAGAGUGAUUUCCUUCCUCAGGGUAUGUUUGGUCAGACUAACAACCAAAAAAUAGGUAUUGUUGCUCGGGAUGGUAAUUCUGAUCUUCUGGUGUCAUGUCAACCUGGCUUAUGGCCAUUAGCGCCAGUUAAGGCAGAAAUGAAUUGUCAGAAGAUGGAAAUUGAGGUAUCAGAGUUCAACAAUCUUUAUCUUCCCAACAUCAAUUACCAAAGGGUUCAAAGUAACACAUUAGAGCCCAUCAAUCUUGAUGAUGACUCUGAUCUUUGUAUUCUUGAGGAUAUGAGUACACCAGCAGUAGCCUCAAAGCCUGUUACAAUAAAUGAAAAGUUCUUGGCUGCUUCACAAUAUUCAACAUCGAUAGGCCCUGUUGACCAGAUGACAAUGGGGCAUUCAAGGCUUAGGCCAAAUGAUGAACGGGUUAUUUUCCAAGUUGCUGUGCAGGAUCUUUCUCAGCCAAAAUCAGAAGCUAUUCCACCUGAUGGUUUGGCUGUGGCUCUACUGAAACACCAGCGCAUUGCUUUAUUCUGGAUGGUUAACAAAGAGACGAAAGGUGCAUGUUGUUCUGGUGGGAUUCUUGCGGAUGAUCAGGGACUUGGCAAGACAGUGUCAACUAUUGCAUUGAUAUUAAAAGAGAGGUCACCUUCUUUCAAAGCACCGGUAGCUAAUACUAUGAAACAAUGUCAAAUGGAGAUGUGUGAUCUGGACAAGGAAAAUGGAGCUUCUGAUACUUACAAUGGGUGCGAGACUAACAUGCAAACAAAGGGUAGACCGCCUGCUGGCACCCUUAUUGUAUGUCCAACAAGUGUUCUCCGGCAAUGGUCUGAAGAGUUGUUCAAUAAAGUGACUAGGGAAGCUAAUCUUUCUGUUCUAGUUUACCAUGGAAGCGGCCGCAUUAAGGAUCCUCUUGAGCUUGCUAAAUAUGAUGUGGUGAUUACAACAUAUGCUAUUGUUAGCAUGGAGGUGCCAAAGCAGCCUGUUGUUGAUGAGAAUGAUGAUCAAUUUGGCACCCCUUUUAAUGGAUUCUCAUCUAGUAAAAAAAGGAAGUUACCUGAAACUACUUCUUCUAAUAAGUCAGGUAAGAGUAAGAAGAGUAAGAAACAAAUUGAUAAUGAAUUACUUGAAACUAUAUCUGGCCCUCUUGCCAAGGUUGGAUGGUAUAGGGUUGUACUGGAUGAGGCUCAAACCAUCAAAAACCACAGAACUCAAGUAGCUAGGGCUUGCUGGGGACUUCGUGCUAAGCGUAGGUGGUGCUUAUCCGGCACACCAAUUCAGAAUGCAAUAGAUGAUCUUUAUAGCUACUUUAGAUUUCUCAGGCAUGAACCUUAUGCUACUUUUAAGAAUUUCUGUGAGCAUCUGAAGUCACCAAUCCAUAGGAAUCCUACGGUUGGGUACAAAAAACUGCAAGCAGUGCUGAAGACUAUCAUGUUGCGCCGAACAAAAGGUACUUGUAUCGAUGGGGAACCAAUUAUUGAUCUUCCACCGAAAACUAUAGAAUUGAAAAGGGUUGAUUUCUCCACGAAGGAGCGCGAUUUCUAUCUCAGACUUGAGGCUGAUUCAAAGGCCCAAUUUGCAGAAUAUGCAAAAGCAGGGACAGUCAAACAGAACUAUGUGAACAUAUUAUUAAUGCUUCUGCGGCUUCGACAGGCUUGUGACCACCCUCUUCUUGUUAAGGGGUUCGGUUCUAGUACACAAACGACUUCCUCCAUUAACAUGGCUAUGAAUUUUCCCCUGGAGAAAAACAUCUUCCUUCUGAAUCGUUUGGAAGGCUCUUUGGCAAUUUGUGGGAUAUGCAGUGAUCCACCUGAAGAUGCUGUAGUAACUGUAUGCGGGCAUGUCUUUUGCAACCAGUGCAUUUGUGAGCAUAUGAUUGGUGAUGAUACCCAGUGUCCCUACAAGAGUUGCAAAACUCGCGUUACUUCCUCACACAUAUUUUCUAUCACCACACUACGGAAUGCUAUAUCAGAUAACACAAAACAAGAAAAUAACCACACCUUCAACUGCUCUGAUUCUGAGCUUGCUAAAGUUUCUGGAUCUUGUUCAUCAAGCUAUCCAGAAGGUUCUUCUAAAAUUAAAGCUACUAUGGAGCUCUUGGCGGGUUUGUCUAAGCCACAUGUUCCUGCCUCCACAUUGAGUUUCUUAGAGCCGAAUGAAGGAUGUUCAGAUUUGUUGCAUGAUUGUGACUCAGUGGGAGAGAAUGGAACUCCAGACAUAAAACAUGUUCCUCAUAGUUCUGUUAAAGUUGCAGGGGAGAAGGCAAUUGUGUUCUCCCAGUGGACAAGGAUGUUGGAUUUGCUUGAAGAUUAUUUGAAAAGUUCAUCCAUUCAAUACCGCAGACUUGACGGAACAAUGCCUAUUUCUGCCAGAGACAAGGCAGUGAAAGAAUUUAAAAGUCGUCCAGAGGUUACUGUCAUGAUCAUGUCUCUGAAAGCCGCUAGUCUUGGACUGAACAUGGUGGCUGCUUGCCACGUCAUCCUCCUUGACCUCUGGUGGAAUCCGACGACUGAAGACCAAGCUAUAGAUAGAGCACAUCGUAUCGGGCAGACACGGCCUGUUUCAGUUUAUCGGCUGACCGUGAAGGAUACAGUAGAAGAUCGCAUUUUGGCCUUGCAGGAAAAGAAGAGAGAGAUGGUUGCAUCUGCCUUCGGUGAGGACGAGACGGGUGGUCGACAAACUCGGCUCACUGUGGAAGAUUUGAAGUAUCUAUUUCAGGGUUGAUUAAGACAUUUCUAACUGAGUAUUCUUUGACAUGCUAACAUUUUACAGCAUUUUGAAAAGCUUGAUUGAUAGCUAGCAUUUACUAGAAAAGAUAAUUAGCCUUAGAAGAGAGUGCAUAGAUUUUUGACAACAGAUUGUUAAUAUGUUUACAGAGAAGCAAAUCACUUGCUAUCUUCUUGUGUAUAGCUUUUAUAGAGUCCCGUCACAUAAACAUAUCUUUCUAGUCUAUGGAGUAUAUUUUUCCUA